UCUUCAUUUAGAAGAUUAUGAUUUAAUGUGAUAGUGAAAACGUUUUACGAUUUUCUCAAAACUCCGUUAAGUACAUAUACUAACAAAGGAGGCAAUGAAGCGUAGCAAAAGCAAAAUAUAAUCAUAACGGGACUAUGUGCUAGGUAGAGAGAGGUAAAUACAUACACAUAGACAAAUGAAAAUAGAUAUUUGGUUCUAUAAAUGUAUUUUUCACUAGUGCCUCCCCAUCUUAACGGAAUUUUUAGGAACUAUUUUUCUUGGCGGCGUAUUCAAAGCAAUAGUAUUCAUUUUAAAUAUUAGUAAUACUUUAGUAUCAAAAUAAUAGUCAUGUAAUGAAAUUAAUUUUAUGAUAUACGUUAUAUAAAAAAGAUAAUAUAAAUACAGUAAAUUUAUGUAAGUGAACCCAUAAAAAUAUAGUUUAUACAUUGGACGUUUUGGUCAUGAGGCGCUGCCACGUUUUACACGGAAUGAAAAAGACUUUUUUUAUUUAUCUAUGAGAUAACUAGAAAGAGGUAGUUGUUUCAACGCUUGCGUACUUGGAGUUGUAGAUACUUACUAGUGAUAACUUCGUGUAGCGGCGUCGAAAACAUUUUGAUUUGACGUGUUGUGAUGUGAAUCUAAAGAUUAUUAUAAGUGUUUUCAACAUGCUAUUUACAAGUUUCUUACAAGUCGAACAAUGAAUAUUGCAGACAGUGAUGUGAAUUUAAUAGUGUAUUUGUGUAUAGGUAAUACAAUGAACAGCAUCUUUUAUGAUGUAGAAGCAGCGUGUUCCAUCAACUAAAAGAAUUCCGAACAUUACAUUAUUUCAAUGUAUGUAGGUUACGUUCAUUAAAUAAGAUAAUUAAAAAAUGUAUGCAAAAGGAAAAGGAUCAUCUGUGCCGUCCGAUGCACAAGCGAGAGAAAAAUUAGCACUGUACGUGUACGAAUAUUUAUUGCACGUUGGUGCACAGAAAGCUGCACAAACGUUUUUAUCAGAGAUACGAUGGGAAAAAAAUAUUACUUUAGGAGAACCUCCAGGAUUUUUACAUUCUUGGUGGUGCGUAUUUUGGGAUUUAUAUUGUGCUGCUCCUGAAAGGAGGGAUACUUGUGAACAUUCAUCAGAAGCAAAAGCUUUUCAUGAUUACGGUUUCGUAAAUUCAGGUUAUGGAGUAAAUGGAAUUGCUCACAAUACAGGACCUGCACCCAGCCCCUUGGGACAGAUGCCCCCUUCAGAUGGCAUGCCUAGCGGUCCAUUGCCCCCAGGAUUUUUUCCAAAUUCUACGUUACGUCCGUCACCGCCAACUCAUCCUUCAAGUCAGCCUUCACCACAUUCGCAACCACCACCUCCACAUUCUCAGAUUAUGACAUCCCAGCCUUUUAUGGGUCCACGAUAUCCAGCUGGACCCAGACCCGGUGUCAGAAUGCCCCAAAUUGGCAGUGACUUCAAUGGACCUCCCGGUCAACCAAUAAUGAAUAAUAUGGAUCCUACUAGACAAGGUGAAGGCGGAGAAUUUGUAAGUUGGCAAGGUCCUCCAACAGCAAUGAAUCGAAUGAAUCCACCAAGGGGGCCUUCUAUGGGUCCAUUGGGGCCAGGUACUUAUGGUCCAGGAUUACGAGGACCACCCCCUAAUAGCAGUCUGGGUCCUGGAGGUCCUAUGCCACCUAUGACUAUGACAGGACCAGGAGGGAGGCCUCAGUGGCAACCCAAUACAUCAACACCCAUGAAUUAUUCCUCUUCAUCGCCGGGUAAUUAUGGAGGUCCCCCGGGAUCUGCAGGACCCGCCGGUCCUGGUACUCCAAUAAUGCCCAGUCCCCAAGACUCGAGCAAUUCGGGUGGGGAAAAUAUGUACACAUUAAUGAAACCAGCAGUAGGAGGUAAUAUGCCAGGAGACUUUCAGAUGGGGGGAGGACCAGAUGGUUCAGGGCCUAUGGGACCGAUGGGACCCAAUUCAAUGGGUCCAGUAUUAAAUGGUGAUGGUAUGGAUGGUAUGAAAAAUUCACCUGCGAAUGGAGGUCCCGGAACGCCGAGAGAGGAUAGUGGUAGUGGAAUGGGGGAGUACAAUAUAGGCUUUGGCGGUCCGGGUGAAAAUGACCAAACGGAAUCAGCUGCUAUUUUGAAAAUAAAAGAGAGCAUGCAAGAGGAGGCCAAGAGGUUUGAGAAAGACUCGGACCAUCCUGAGUAUUUCAUGCAAUAACUUGCCUCGCCUCUUUGGCUGGUGGACGCCUGUUUUUUCUACUUAACCUGUACUAACACGGGCGGUGGUGUGCUCAAUACUCAGCUCUUCCAUGCGCCAGGGCCACCGACUUCACUAGUCAUGAGUGUUCUGUUCUGUUUGCAGAUAUUCCUUUGAGGCUGAGCUGAGAUAGAGCAAACCGGCCCCACCCCUGGACUGAACCAUCAUUCGAAUACAUGUGCAUCUCAACGUUAUGGUUCUUCAACUUUCCGCUACUUUUGUACACCAUAGUCACAAGACAUGAAACAUUCUAAUGUCCACCAGCCUAGGCAAGGUUGGAUAUAGUCAUUAGGGAUGCAUCUAAUAUUCGAUUUGAUGUCCAGUUGGAUACCCAGUGCGGAUAUCGGAUGACAUUGUAUUAUAAUUUCAAAUUUUUAAUUUGUGAGUACUCUGUUCCUUUAUAAUAGGAGUAACUGAUACAUGUAAAUUUUACUGAUGAUGAUAAAACAAAAAAUUCUCUAUCAUUAAAUUUAUUAUUAUAUUUUGCAAUUUUUUCCAGUCGUAUUAUUCAUUAGCUAUAUUUUAUGAAAUAUUUUUGGAAUUAGUGAAAACUGCAUUAUAACACAACCAGUUUAUAGAUCCAAUGUAUAUAAUAUAUGUAAUAUUUUAUAAAAAUAUUCGUAUAAAUCAUAGAUGUACUUAUGACUCAUUAGAUGAAUGUAUAUUAUUUGAUUGUUGAUAGAGUUCAACAAAUUAUAUAAGCUUAUCCCUUCAGAUAUCUCAUUAUGCAACGGAAUCUACACAUGUUUACCGACUAAUUUUUAGAGUUUAUAAACUCACUUAAAGAUCAUGUUCUGCGUCAAUCCAAGCACUUAUAUAUAAUGUCUUGUCCGAAAGCUGAAAACAUAUAAAAACGUUUCCUCAUUAAUAAGUGUCAUUAACCCUUUCGGAACCGACGUGUCACUGACGAAAUUUGCCUGGGGGACCGGACUUUUUGCAGUGCUAUAUGGCCCAGUGUCGGCUAUAUCCGACGGAAUAAAAAAACAUUUUAAUUUUAGUUUUAUUAUAUUAGAACCAAGAAAACACAAACGAAGCUAAUAUAGAAACUUACUAAACUUGCUAAAAAAUAAAGAAUAUCAAACAAAUCCAAAAUAGGAACUCUCUAAACUUACUAAAAAAUACGAAAUAUCAAACAAAAUGAAAAUAGAAACUCUCUUUGGUAAAAAGUAAAAAAUAUUAAACAACAUAAUAUAAAAUCUCUAUAAAAAAGAAGAAGCCUUCGUUUCAAAAUAUUUCUUCUUCGUGAUAUAUUUUAAAACAGGGAGUUACACACAACCCGACAUCACAUUCCUUACAAAUAUAUCUGGUCUCUUUUCUUUUCUUAAGAUUUUUUUGGUGUGGGAACAUAUAUGGCAUCUCCUGUAGCCCGAUUUACGGCCUUCCUUGACUGGUACUAGAUCGGGAAAGUGCCUUUCUGUGAGUCUUCUAUUACCAAGAUCCAAAUGAACUGAACUCGAUGCUGCUUUUUGAAACCUGAAAAAAUUAUACACAUAAAUAGGUAUAGAAAUAUUCUUGGACAUUUUUUUUACCUUUCUAACAACUGGCUAAUUAUUGCAAGUUGAAAUGUUGCCAUUGAUGUAUUUUGCGUCAAAUACAUGGCAUGAGAAUUCAGCAAAGUUAUAUCAAUAGUAUGAAAAAAUAGUUUUCUGUACCAUUUGAUGCUUUUGCGCGUAGAAACGAUGCUACUUAUCAUUAUAUCAGACCGGUCGACGUCGCCCAUUUGCUUGUUAUAUUCCAAAACACAUAAUGGCUUCUGAACGUCUUCGUUUGUAACCCUAUCUUUUCUUGGAAGAAUUAUCAUUUUAUUUUCAUGUAGGGUAGUAAGCAUCACUACAUCUCGACGAUCUUUUCAUUUAACCACCAAAAAGUUGUCACUGCUCCUCCAAUCACAUUCGCAGCUUUUUACUUUUUUAUCUAGAAGUGGCAUUUGUUUUCUAUUUUGUCUUACAGUCCCACAUGAAUUUGUUUUCUUUUCGUAAAGAAAUGUGGACAAUGUCGGGCUGGUAUAAAAAUUGUCAGUAAAAAGAGAAUGGCCCUUACUGAGGUAUGGUUCCAACAAACUAUUGACUAUUUCACCUGUAGCGCCUAAUCCACGAGUGUUUUCUUGUGGAUUUGUUCCUUUCCCCACAUACACUAUGAAGUCUAACACUAUGCCAGUCUCACAGUCACACAACACAUACAAUUUGAUUCCAAAACGAUGUAUUUUUGUUUUUAUAUAUUGCUUGAAACUAAGGCGGCCUUUGAAGAGAAUCAUACUUUCAUCGAUUACCAGAUUCUGAAAUGGAUAAAACUGUGCCUUGAAAUUGUCUUUUAGUAAAGCCAAAACGGUUCCAAAUUUUCCCAAUCGGUUAUGGGCCUCUUCCUCCUCCUCACUAUUAGCAAAAUGAAGGUAGCGAUGUAUUUCACAAUAUCUGUUUCUUGACAUAGUCUUUCCAAAAACCGGAGUGCUGAGUAAGAUAUCUUGGGUUCAAUACUCCUUGAUGUUUAAUUUUUUCGUACAUGUCAUAAGCAUGGUCAUAGCGGAAAAUACAUAUAGUUCGUGUCGGGAACGUCUUGUCGACGGUCCUGAAAGGGUUAAAUAAAAAAUAUUGAGUUUUAGUUUAUGAAAGAUUAUCAUAUCUAGACAAUUCUAGUUUCUUAUAUAACCUCUAGAAUUCAAUAAGAUCAUAAUUUCUCGACUUUUUUUGGAAAUAGUUACUUGCCAAUUUUAUGUAAAUGGGGUUUUAACGAUGUAGGAAUUUCUGCAUUAAUUGAAUGGAAUUAACAGUUCGUUAAACUUUCAAAAUGAUGAUUUAUGAUGAUCAUCGGGACAUUACAGUCAAAAUUUUUGCCAGAUAUAGAAUCUAAUAAGUCCUCUUAUGAUACUCCAUAGAAAAGUUUAUUUAUUUAACUAAAAUAAAGUAUAUACAUGCAGAUAACGCAUCAAUGCAGAACUGGAAGAAAGUGCUACCUUUGUAAAAUGUCAAAGUAAAGUUAGAGACAUUUUGCUCGAUUAACAAAAUUUUACUUCUGUAAGUCAAUCGUUUUGAAAUGUCUCUAAUCGAAUAUUUCUUAACCAGAAAGAGCGCCACAUCUUUGUUGUCAUCCGAUAUCAAUUUUCUUACAUUAGAAACAGUCUCCCAAAUAUAUACAAAUUUUAUAAAAAAAUAUUGUGGGUUUGUGUUAUUUGCUAAACAUUUAUUAUGUAUCUUCAAAAAAUGAUGUCUCGCAUUUUCAAAAAAGACAGCAGCGCAUUGGAGCAUAGUUUAUAAAUUCUAUGAUAAAUCAAAAGACAUAUAUGUGUUAACUUAUAUCUAGUUAUUAAUUGAAACAAUUAUACAUAUAUAUUAUUUUCUUUAUAGUUGACUUGGUGUUUGUAAUAUUCCGGAAAUAUAAUAUAUAUAGGCUACUGUCUCUGGCGCUAGAUUUGAAACAUGCUUGAAUUAUUUAUUUUCGAGUUUUUUUUUUAAAUAGGAAAUGUUAAAGUAUUUUAGUUGGUAAGUCAUUAAUUGUUUUACUUGUGAAAUAAAUACACAUAAACCAGUAAAAAAAAUGAUAUCCCAAUACGUACAAGAUUUAUAUAUAUAUAUAUAUAUAUAUAUAUAUAUAUAUAUAUAUAUAUAUAUAUAUAUAUAUAUAUAUAUAUAUUAUUUCACCCUAAUUUCUCAUUUCUUCAUUUGGGUGAUUGUUUCCAAUAUUUAUUUUAUGUUGUAUCCUGAUUUAACUGAAUAAUUGGUUAGCUUCGGGAGUAAAGAUGAGAUAUACAGUUCUUAAAGGUUUUAGAUUUUAUGUAAGUGAAAAUUAAUUACUGGAAUCAUUUAUGGAUAUUGGUGGUUAUUUUAGGUAUGAGGGCGUAUCUCAUUUUUGCUACAUUACUUAUUGUACGAUUGUAAUUUUAUAUAAAUUUGAUAAAGCUCCUAUUAAAUAGGAACAAGGUUGUUACAAUUAAUGUAGGAGAAGUAUAAAAUUUAACAAACAAAAAGAAAAGAAUUGUUAAAAUCCGGGAUACAUUUUUAAUCAUAUCUGUAAUUUUAAAAUCCUUUAUGGGGAUGUUUAUUUCCAAUAAUCCUAUUUUUGAUACAAAUUUUCUCAUGAACGCUCCCAAAAUAAGAACUUAAGUGUAAAAAUUUUCCCAUUGAAGUAUUUUGGAAUUAUUUGUGUUGUCCUGCAUAUUACUCAAGAUUCAAUCACUCAAAAAACUUUUUUAUUAUUACUUUUAGAGAAAAUCGUUAUUUAUAAGAAGUUAUACACGACCUAUAACCAUAGAAUUUGUUGGCUACAUAAUAGGGAACAAAUAUGAAAUACUCGUCUUUUUGAAAAAGUAACCUUAUUGAGUAGUAGCCUUGGUUAAGAGAGCAAAAUUCCAAUCGUGGUAUAAGUUUUUUCGUAAAGUAAAUUUCGUUUUGACAUAAAAAGAAAAAAGCAAAUAUAUGUAUUAGUUUUUGAUAUAGCUUCCUUGAUUUUCUAGGCAUUUGUCCUAGCAUCAUACAAGUUCUUCUAUACCCUAUUCAUGUUGAAGAUAUAAAUCAUUGUAGCUAAGAACAAGAUUGUGGCUGUACGGAAGAUAGUUCCCAUCAAAAUCACGUCUUUCCUUGAAACGCUUAUUGCUGUUUUUACGUACAUAUUAUUAAUUUGUCGAUGAAUUUCAUUUGAUUUGACUGUUCUCGCAUUCAAAAAAGUUAUUACCGAUUUAAUUCUACAAACAGUAGGUUUAUGAACAAGCGUACAAUACACAACAACUUCAUAUUUAUUAUGAUCGUACCGCUGCCGCGGAGAAUAAUGGAAAUGAAACUUCACGAAUUCACCGUAUAUUAUUCCCUUGCUUUUGAAGUGUGUAUGAAACGCAGAUACUGCUUAUUUAUUUGCCACUAUAUAUGUACUUCUGAUAUAGACUUCCACCCCUUUUCAUCAAUGUUUUUAACUCAGUUCUUCACUGUCAAUCAACUUCCCCAGUUUAUUAAAAUUUUAAAUACAGUAGAAUCCGGAUAUAACGAGCUUCAAGGGACCGGCGAUAUUAUGUCGUACUAACCGGAUGACGUAUAAAACGGAUAUUUACAUAUGUAUGUAUUAUAAGUGCGAAAGUUUGAUUUUCCUAUUUAGGUAAAUAAAACAUGUUGUAGGAAUCAGUUACAUAUGUUUAUUUUAAUUAUUCUUGUGAAUUCGUGACAUCAUUGUUUUCAUAUGGUCAUCAUCAAAGUUAGUCUGAACAAAUACAUUAAGCGUUUCCGCAGCCUUCAGAGCUUCAGAUACACUCAAGGUUGGAUAAAACUCUGGUUCGUCAUCAUCACCGUCGCUAUCUUUGCUAUUCGCGUCGUCGGCGAUGAUAUUAUCCACAAUGUUUUCAUCAGACGGCUCUUCACAAGUGGCGACAGCAUCAUCGACACGCGCGUAUUGUUCAAAGUCCUCGUUUGUUAUAGGUAACUGAUGCUUAUCAAUAGCCUUCGCCUAAAUGCUCAGCGGUACGUCGUCUUCUUCGUUAAAAUCAUCUGAAGUUAUGGUAAAUUCUACAUUGCUUCGGAAAAAACCAGCAUGUUUGUAACAGUUAAAAAUUGUUCCUUGCUUAAGUUGAGUCCAGGCAUCUUGAAUCAUUAGAAUAGCGUCAAGAACAGUGAUCUUCGGGCACUCAACACUACUGCAUCCGCCAUCUAGAAACUGGAUCAUUUUUAAAACAAGGUUUUUACGAAAAUGUGCUUUCAAAGCUCGAAUGAUCCCUUGAUCCAUGGGUUGCAACACUGAUGUCGUGUUUGGAGGCAGAAAUAUGGGGAUGUGCAGGACAGUUGUCAACUAACAGCAGGAUUUUCUUAUUCUUUUUCGUAAGUUCACGAUCCCAUGCGCGUGCCCAUUUGGUAAAAAUGUCACCAGUCAUCCAGGCUUUUCGAUUGCUCUCAUAAUCCACUGGCAAAUGCCGUACAUUUUUAAAACAUCUGGGACGUUGAGAUUUCCCGAUUACGAGAAGUUUUUUUUAGCUGUGCCACUCAUGUUGACUGCCACCAUCACUGUUAUUCGCUCCUUUGAUCAUUUUCCUCCUGUACAUUUUUCACCUUUUAAUUUCAACGUCUUGUCCGGGGUUAAUUUAUAAAACAACCCGGUCUCAUCUGCAUUAAAAAUUUCAUCAUCACUAAAUUGAGCACGUAGAGUAGGCCAAACUUUUUCUAACCAAUCGUGUACAUCACUCUGUUGUACUGACAAAGACUCGCCAACAAUCUUUCCAUUGACGAUGUUGUGCCUUACUUUAAAACGGUUUAUCCAACUCAUGGAACAUAUAAAAUUUUGCAUGUCUAACUGUCUAAAAAUUUGCUUUCUCUUGUAGCUUGUAGCAGAGGUCUAUUAAGAGGUAUUCCCCGGUCGCGCUGAAGCUUAAACCACUGUAACAAUGCCCUAUCCAACUGCUCAUGAGUAGAAGUUCUUACACGUUUGAAUUUCAAAACAUUGGCAUUAAAUAACGGCUCGAUCUUGUAUUUAUUCUUCUUUAUUGUUGAUAUUGUAGAAUGAGAUACGCCAAAUUCCUUUGCGAGGGUCGCGUUUGAUUCACCAGCUUCUAAUCUGUGUAAUAUUGCACUCUUUUCUUCAAUUGUAAAACACUUUCUCUUUACAGAACUCAUUUUAUGGCGCUUUAUGAACUUGUCAUAACAGGUGACAAACACUAACUGUGAUUUACGCGCGCCAAUAAGGAGAAUUGAACGGUGAAGCUCGCGGGGAAAGUGAGGGGGCCGAGGUAUUGGUCAUUCGUUACCUAAAUUGAAACAAAACACGGCGCGUCGUUUUAAACGGACGAAUUAUCGUAAAAAAUGGUCGCUAUAAACGGUUUGUCGCUCAAACCGGAGUCGCACUAAACGGUUACAUUUUCUCAGUAUCUAACUAUUAAACCGAACUUGAGUAAAAUAAUAUCGACGCUAAAAACGGUUAGUCGUUAUAAGUGACGUCGUUAUAAAUGAAUUCUACUGUAGUUGCAUUAGUGUUGAAUUUAUCUACUAUUUUUGUAACUAUUGAUUGACCAACAUUUUUAUGUGAUUAUUAAAAAUGAUUAUGGGUUUUAUAGUUGCCCCCAACAACUUCGUCUUCACUUGCACAUUGAAGACAAGAAAUGAGCAAUAUCAAAGAUCUAGACACGUUUUCUCAAUUAAAUGGAUGUAAUUUAAUAUUUGAAGAUAUAUUUCCAGAACGAUUAAACUGUUAUUGAUAUUAAUUGUCAAAAAUAAAUCUGCUUCUCUUAUAUGCUGAAUUUUUAUAAUUUACCAUCCCAAGUAGUACUUACAUAUAAUUAUUGAGAACAUUUUAUGAGAAACAGAUUUUUUCCUGAAAUUAAUAAUAACAAAUUUUGAGUGUUAACAUACAUCUCUGUGCAAUUAGAAAGAAAACAUAUCAAGUUCCAAUUUUGGGUGCUUUCUCUUUUCAAAUGAAGACCUUUUAAUAUAACCCUAUAUUUAUUGAUUUUUCUAUCCUGGAUAUGUUCCAAAUUUUACAAUAUUUAAUUUUAUAUUGUUUUUAUUUUCCCAGUGUUUUAAAAGUAUUGUGUACAAAGAGGAUUUAUUGUCAGAAAUGGUACCAUAAAUGAUUUCAAUAUUCUUGUUCUAAAGAAUUGAAUAACAUUUUAUUAUAUUUAAAGUUGAUAUCACAAAUAUGAGCCGCUCAGUGCACACAUCGAUUAACUCCAUAACACGAAAGGUUGAGAAACGCGAUGGUGUAAUGUAUAUUGUUUUUAAAAAUUCCUCUGAUAAUAUGAAUUCAAAUAUAUAAUGUAGAAUGUAUAAUUGCAGAUAUAGCUUUUAUCUAAUGGUAUAUAAAAUUGAUAAGAAAAAAUAGCCAACAAACAAUCAUCAGUAAUGUUACAAUUUUUAUGUGACUGGUGGAGUUCAUCAAUUUGGCAACUGAAAAAAGUAAUGAAGUUAAAUUUAGUCUUUACAACAAAAAGUUAGUUAUUAUACAUUUUUAUCACAGCUUUUCCAUAAAAAUGAAUAUUGGCAGUUCGGUUAUAAUAUAAUUUUUAUAAUUAAUUCAUAGCAGCUUUAUGUUAGCGGCAUUAUUAUUUGGUAUGAUUCAGCAAUAUUAUAAAUAAUGUCUUCUUCAUCAGCUGUAUGCGAGGAUUCGUCAUUUCGAUUUGUUGACAAGUUCUUAUAGUAAUCGUGUUUAACAGGAUGAAUGAAUCUUAGUAGGUCCAUCAUGUCUCUCCAUUUUUCCUUUGUCACAGUUCUACUUUUAGGAUAUAAUAAAGGCUGAUCUAUAUUUUUUAAACUUUGCGGUCUACUCACUAAAGAUUUUCUUUUAUUUACCCAUUAACGCCGAGAGUAAAAAAAUUUUGUUUUUCUUUUUUUCCCCAAAAAAUAUUAAAUUUCAUAAUUUUGGGACUAAAAAAUAUGAACAUUAAUAUUGUCUCUCUAGAGAUAAUUGUACAAAAGGCCGUACCCAUAUGGGACCGCUAGGUACUUUCCGUGAAUUUUUAUGUUAAAUUCAAAAUUCUUUAAAAAAAGUUCAACUUUUAUUUAUUCAUUUAUUUUACAUGACAAUUUCUAAAACACUCUAACAUAGCCCCACAUCACAUUUAUUGCACAUUGUUCUUCCUUUGCUCGAACAACCAGUACUGGUACACCUUCUUCUUUUGCCUCCAGGAACAUGUUGAAUAUAAUGGUGUAAGCCAUCAUAUCUCACGUCGCUACCAACUCUUGAGUCGCUUGCAGCUGUCGUAGCUACUUUUCCUAUGGAUUUCGGUGGUUUCUUAUAUUUUGUAAGAUAUGUCUGUAAAAAUCAAAUUUUAUCAUUUUUGUUGUAUUGUAGAACAAGGUCUGGUCUAGACACAGAUAUGUUUUUUCGAUCUUUCCUAGACAAUCUUUCGACAGGUUUUAUUGGUGCCACACCGAAAUUAGUGCUGACCAAUGUAAUAACGCUGUUUUUCAUCUACCUUACGUAUAAAAUCCCGCAUGUUCUUUCCAAAGCCGAGUUAAUAGCUCCUCCAGCUCUUUUUGAAAAUGUCCUCUUGUCUUCAAUUGGACAGUCUCAAGGAAUUAUAUUGUCCCGUCCCCUAAUUGUUCGCGUUCCACUAUAGCCGUCAAUCAUUUGAACAAGUAGCGCUGCAGCUUUGCCAAAGACUUCUUCGUAUUUUUUAAUGGCUCUUGGAUUCUUUCCUUGAUAAAUUUCGAAAUGUAUCAGGUAACCACUAGGUGUGUUGAGGCUCCACAUUUUAUAACCAAAUCGCACAGGUUUUCCUCUUAUAAAUUGUUUGCACCCAUGCCGGCCGUAGUACUUUAUCAUUGACUCGUCGUAACAAAGAUUUUGCUCUGGUACAAAAUGUUGAGUAAAUUUUUAUUUUAGAGCGUCUGUCAAUAAACCUAACUUAUACAUUUUGUCGGAUAUGUCUAUAGUGUUAUUAUCUGCGAAAUGUAUAAAACGGCACAUUUGCAAAAAUCUGUCCCUUCGCAUAGCUUCACAAACAAGCUCGUUCCUCAUAUCUUUGGCUGUUUCCCAAUAGCUUCUUUUGGAAGGUAAAGGAUUAUAUCCACUGAGUAUAAGAAUUCCAAUGAAAACUUUAAAUUCUUCAAUAGAGAUAUUUGGAUCAGGAUUGGUUUUUGAAAAGGGAGUAAUUUUUUGUUUGAAGUGCUAUUGCUUCUAGCGACUCAUUUGAGAAAAAAAGCUCAAACAUUUCAACGCAAGUCAAAGAAGUGUAUGCACUGGUAAAAAUUCUUCUGAAGAAGGUGUCAAAUAUCCAAUAGUAAAUUCAAAAUUUGUUGAGCGCGGGGUCAGAGCAAUAUUAUCAGGAAAAACGGGACUUGAGCUAGUGCUGGGCUGUUGAAAAUCGGUUGCUUCUGCUGCAGGAAAAUUCUCCUUAGUACCUCCAAUUCUCGUAUUAUCCGCAAGAACAAUUUCUGCACCAGCAUUUAGUUGUCUCCUAUUAAGAUUGUCAACAAGACCACCUUCAUCUUCAUCUCCCGAAUCUUCGUCAGAUAAUACAUUGGAUUCGAGAGGUUCCAUGUAAACUGCCGAAACUACUUCAGCUAUCAGACUCAUCAUAAGCAAUGUCUAAUGCCUCUUUCAAUGUAAUUCCACUAAAAGAAGAAGAAAAUUGAAAAGCUAAGUGGUUGCUGGGACCGUAUGGUGCCGCUAGGCGCUAAUGGGUUAAUGGCUUGAAAUUCUGUAUCUUCACUCUAGUCACAUUUGAAUUGUAUGAGAUAGGGUUUGGACCUUUCUAACUUUAUCCAGCGUAUUUCAAGCCAAUUUACUGGAAGCCCUGUGACAGUUAUUUUUCUGUUAAUGAUAAACUAUUCUAAAGGUUUUGUUGACAAAAAAUCUUGGUAAGUCAUUUGGAUUAGAUGAAAUGGCGCUUUCUUUGUACAUGUUUUGAUUAUAUGGUACCAAUCAUCUGGUGAAAAAAUGUUUUGAUUUUUUUUCGCACAUGACUCAAUAAUGCUUGACUGAUUCAGCUUUGAUUUCCGUGCUUUGAACAAGUUUCGAUAAAAUUAAGACGGUUUUAAUAUUUCUGUUUUGCCCGGUACACGAAUCCGAAUAUGUUUUUAUUUUUUCGAAGUUUGCAGCGUAAGUCUUUAUGUACUUUAUUAGACAAGAUGAAAUUUCUUGAGACCCACGAAAUCUUUCAGUUUCUGGCCAAACAAACAUGUGGCUUAUAUUUUUAUUGAAUUUGGGAAAAGUCAAAGCUUUUCGAUAAACGUCUUCUUAGACCAGACUUUCUGUUGAUAAAUCGUAUUGAAGAAUCAUCACUGCUUUUCUCACUCACAUUAUUAAUCUCACUCAUAUUGAUUAUAACGGUAUAAUAUUUAUUUCUUUAAAAACAAAUUAGGAAUAAUGUUGAAAAGACUAAGAAGUACACAAUAACAUUCAGCGUGCGAGAUCACUGCUAUACUAACUACCGUUUGCAUUGUGCUUCUUUUUAUCUGUUUACCGAUGCGAUUUUGUUACGAAUUGUUACGAUUUUGAUACGGCGUUACUGAAACGAUUUACAUUAGAAUAUGGAGUUAAUCGAAAUGGCUUCUGAAAUAAAUUACUUAUUAUUCAAUGGCCAAAAAAAUUUGCCAUUUAACGGUGCUAAUCUUUAUUAUUCAGGAAAGUUAUUAUAAAUAUAAAAAGUUAUGACUAUACCAAGGGCUUUGACACUUAAAUUUAAGAUUUUUCAAAAAGUGGAGUUGAUCGAUGUGUGCACUCAGCGGUUCAUAUGUUACUUUUUGUGAACCUUGAAAACUGUCUCAACUCAGGAGUUUAUUAUAUUUUCACCGCUUGUUUAAAAAUUACUGGUCAAAAUAUAAUUUUGUAUUUAACUUUAUUCGGUAUUUCUAGUUUUUUAGAUGCUUUACAAAAUGGAUAAAAUGGACACAGAUAUAAAAUGUAGGUAAUGAUGCCCAAGCAAGUACUUAAUUCCAAUUAAUAAUCUUUUCAAGAUGUUAUACUAAACUUGCAUUACAAUAAAUAAUUAAUGUUUUUCAGAUGAUUAUAUACAUAAUAGGUUUUGGUCCAUAUUUCGUCAUCGUGUGAUAUACUUCGCAGUGGUAUUAAUAUUCUUCAUAUACUUGGCAAAAUUAUAAUGAAAAUAUUUCCUUAGAAUUGAACAUGCCAGUGUUCGAUGUAGUUUUAUUAUAUUAUAUUAGGAGAACAAACCCAAUACCGUUCAAGUUGCAACAUAGAAAAAAACUUAGUUAGUCUGUGAUAAAUUUUAAUACUAACGUUAAAUUGGCUUUGAUUUAACUAAUCGUUGGUGUAUAUUGUACCCGAAAUAAUUCAAAUUAUCCCUACUGAAUGAGUUUCUAUGAGCAUAAAUAGUUAUAUUUUUGUAUUGACACAGUGGUAUUUUGUAACUUGGAUAUCAGAUUUAGAAGAUGGGAAUGGGCUGAACCCUAUUGAUUAUCUGUCAUUAUAUUAACCUAUUAAGGGAAAAAGUCACAGAAUGUCAAUCAAUCAAUGUGAAUCCUUCUAAGAAAAAAUAAGUGUUCAAAAUUUCAUAUUCUAUUCAUAUUUCUCAAUUUAUUAUCAUGAAAUUCAGUGGAAUUUUUUACUAUUUAGUGAAUGAUUUAAAAAUAAUUUCGAAUUAUUUAACAUUUUUCUAUGGGAAAAAUUCAUUAUGAUAAAAAUUUUUAUUAAAGUAUAUUUUUUCUAUUCUCAAAAUAACGCAGUAUUGCUGUUUUAGGAUUUUUUUUAAUUAUAUUUCAUUCAUUACACUUAUAUAUUAUUUUAUGUUAAGUUUUUAGAUAAUAUUUAGAAACGACAUUCCUCAUUUUCUCUAAUUUAGCAACUAACUCUCCAAAUAUUCACUUAGUUCCCAUGUUUCAGUUACAUUUAUGAGAGUAUUCUCUAAAAUUAAAUGUAUUUUCGGAUUUCACACAUCUAAAUAUACACUUAGCUCCAACAAUUCUCGUCUAAAUCUUUAUCUGUUUAACUAUAUGACAACUGCUAACGCUAUUUAAUCAUCCAAAUACAAUUACUUCUAAGAUAUAUUAUUUACAAGAACUAAGAACUUGCCGGACAAAUUGCAGUAAUAUUUAUAUUGAACAGCUUUAAUGCACUUAAUUGCCACUUAUAUACAAACUCUAAAAAGUACACAAUAACGUUAUAUGGAUCUUAAUAAAAAUAAUUGUUCAUUAUUCAUUUGAUAAGAUUGAGUGUUGGGUAUAUUUAAAUAAUUGGUACAUCACAAAAUCAAAGUUUUAUUUUGUACAAUCCAAUAUAGUCUAAAAUACAAAUUUUAAUCUCCACAAAAUUCCAUUUUUUUUUAUUUUCAAAUUAGAUUGAUAGAACUGCUUCCUAUCUCCCAUAUCACUUUCACCUCUUGUGUAAAUGCAAUAGAUGCAAAUGCAAACAGGAGUUCACUCACCUCUCCCUCCUGUAACUCAGUGAAAAGAUCUUACGUAUUUUCUUAAUGAUUUGUGUUGAGAUGUUGUAGUAUUAGAUCUUCAUCUUAAGAUUCAUAAUUUAAUUAUUUUGAAUAUAUUAAAAAUAUACCACCUAGUGUAUUUUAAAUAUAUUGAAAAUGUACAACCUGGUGUAGCUUGUACUGAGUCAACCACUACAACAUCUCAACUAAUACAUAUUUUUGUUAUCAAUUUUUUGUACACAUCAACCUGAUAAUUCCAUUAUUUAUUUCCUACUUAAUUUUAUUUCACGAUCUUGGUCCUUUAUUAGCAUAAGAAAAAUCUUAUUUAUAAAAUUUUCUUUUAAAAAUAUAUACUUAAAUCAGUUGUUAGACUAUUAAUUUGAUGAAUGUGUGUAUGAAUGUGCAGAUUGACAUGUGAUAAGAAAUUUUUUGUGAAAAUGUAUGGAUUCAAUUACAUUGUUUUCUUUUUUGUAUGGAUAAUAAAAUUCAAAGUUUCA